AUGGGUAUGAUGGACGAAGCGACUCAGGUGGCCCAAAGAAUGCAAAUUACAGCAGAAAUCGCCGACAUCCUUGAACGACAAGAUUUCAUCGUGAAGUUGGGCAAAUCCCUCGUUCGUACCGGCGCCCCAUCACAUCGUAUUGAAGCUGCGAUGGAAAAAGUAUCCAAACGACUUGAGAUUGAUGGUAGCUAUGUUGUGCUGCCCGGAUUGAUCAUGGUGACGUUUGGCGAUGUGGAGACACAUACAUCUGAAACCCAUUUAAUUAAAUGCUCUCGUGCCUUGGAUAUCGGCAAACUGGAACGAGUGAAUGUGAUUGCGCAUCGUAUUGGGAAAGGCCAAAUUGAAUUGUCAGAAGCGUCGGCGUUGCUGGAUGACAUAAAAAACGAACCUCCUACAUGGAACUUUUGGUGGACAUUGCUUGGCUAUAUUUUUUCGUCGGCGUUUGUGGCUCCUCUUUUCUUCAACGGAUCAUGGACCGAUAUGUGGGUCAGCGCCAUUUUUGGAUUAGCCGUUGGCUUGUUGACAUUCUUGUCGGAAAAAGUGCCUAUGUUUGGCAAUGUGUUUGAAAUCGUAGUCAGUAUUCUUGUAUCCGUCGUCACCAUUGCUCUACAUCCGCAUGUAUGCUUUACAGCGGUUUCAUUAUCAGCUAUUGUAAUUGCUCUUCCUGGUUAUGCAGUGACAAGUGCGGUAAUGGAACUUUCGGCGAAGAAUAUCGGCAGUGGGGCGAUUCAUUUGGUGCAUGCAAUUAUGUACGUUUUGUUUCUCGGCUUCGGUUUGGGAUACGGUACUUCGGUGUGGCAUUUGAGCCAUCCAGGUCAGGAUAUUGAGGUCAUGGCUGUCUGCCAAAACCCCGUGUCGCCUUGGUGGUUUUUCUUGCUACUGCCGCUCACCGGCAUCGGUAUAUCCAUCGUCUUUGGUGCCGCCGUCAACCAAUUCAUUCCCUUGGUGGGAAAUACCGCCGUCGGUUUCGCGGUGUACUAUUUCCUUUCCUUGGCGAUUGGCUCGCAAUCCGUCAUUGUGCCGAGUGUCGGCGCCUUUGCUUUGGGUUUAACCGGUAAUUUGUAUGGCCGCUUGACAAAACGUCUGGCGUUUGUACCUCUCAUCGGCGGUAUCAUUAUUCUUGUGCCUGGAAGCAUAGGUGUGAAAGGUGCACUUCAGUUAUUUGACGAUUCCGAUAAUGCCAAUGGCGGUACGUUUGCGGUGCAAAUUAUCGGUAUUGCCUUGUCCAUUACAUUAGGCCUGUUUCUUUCCAAUCUCUGCGUGUAUCCUCGUGGCCGAAAACGAUCGGUAUUUCUUGGAUUCUAG